AUGGCCUCCUCUUCUAUGGGCUCAACUUCCAUUAAGUCCUCUAUUUGUCACUCUGCGAAAAGACUGAGUCACGGGACGAGAAGAAAGGAGCUCAUGUCAAAAAGCAGAUAUGGCGGCAGCGUUGAUUUUUCUAAUAUUUUGAGUUCCUCCCUAUCUGUAUCUGCCACUCGUAAUUUCAGCAGUUCUAAGCUGGCUUUUGAGCACUGUGAAGGGUAUUACAACUCCAAAUUUCUAUCUGAAUAUUUGGCAUUAUUUGCUGAGAAAAACAUUUCAUUCUUUGGAUCAAGGUCUGCAGUCUCAAAUACUAGAAGGCAGAGGCAGAAGGAUCACAUUGCUCACUCUGGCAAAACUAGGGCUGUGGCCGUCCAAGUUGCAGAGGAAGUCACAACAAAGAAGAGACCCUUAAUGAAGCAAAGGCAGGUUGUUGUGACAGGCAUGGGUGUGGUGACCCCUCUUGGACAUGAUCCAGAUGUCUUCUACACUAAUCUUCUUGAAGGUGUCAGUGGUAUAAGUGAGAUAGAGGCUUUUGACUGUACACAGUUUCCCACGAGAAUUGCUGGAGAAAUAAAGUCUUUGUUAACAGAUGGAUGGGUUGCGCCAAAGCUUUCUAAGAGGGCAGACAAGUUUAUGGUGUUCUUGAUCACUGCUGGGAAAAAGGCAUUGGCAGAUGGUGGGAUUACAAAAGAAGUUAUGGGAGAUAUAGAUAAAAGUAGAUGUGGGGUUGUAAUUGGCUCUGCACUAGGAGGCAUGAGAGUUUUUAGUGAUGGAGUUGAAGCAUUGAGGACUUCGUACAAGAAGAUGAAUCCCUUCUCUGUACCUUUUGCAACAACAAGCAUGGGUUCUGCUAUCCUAGCAAUGGAUUUGGGAUGGAUGGGACCUAACUACUCAAUAUCUACAGCUUGUGCCACCAGUAACUUUUGCAUACUAAAUGCUGCAAAUCAUAUUGUCAGAGGUGAAACGGACAUGAUGCUUUGUGGUGGUUCUGAAGCAGCAAUUAUCCCCAUAGGUUUGGGAGGUUUUGCAGCAUGCGGGGCUCUGUCACAAAGAAAUAGUGAACCAACCAAAGCUUCAUGCCCUUGGGACAUUAAUCGUGAUGGAUUUGUAAUGGGAGAAGGAGCUGGGGUUUUGCUUUUGGAAGAGCUAGAACAUGCUCAGAGAAGAGGUGCCAAUAUCUAUGCUGAGUUUUUAGGUGGAAGCUUCAAUUGUGAUGCAUACCACAUGACUGAGCCUCAUCCUGAUGGGACAGGGAUUGCACUAUGCAUAGAGAAUGCCCUUUCCCAUUCUGGAGUCUCUAGAGAAGAUGUAAAUUACAUAAAUGCAUACGCUACAUCCACACCAACUGAUCUGCAAGAAUAUAGAGCCCUAAUCCACUGUUUCGGAAACAAUCCUGAGCUAAGAGUGAAUUCUACAAAAUCCAUGAUUGGUCACCUUUUAGGAGCCUCAGGUGGUGUAGAAGCUGUGGCAACAAUCAAGGCUAUACAGACUGGAUUUGUCCAUCCGAACAUCAAUCUUGAGAAUCCUGAUGCAGGCGUGGACAUGAAUGUGCUUGUUGGCCCCAAGAAGGAAAAACUGGACAUAAAAGUUGCAUUGUCUAAUUCAUUUGGAUUCGGUGGACACAACUCAUCUAUCUUGUUUGCACCGUUCAAGUGA